UGAGCUGCCCAUCACGGGCUAUUAUAGGAGGGGAGCUGAUAAGAUGGGUCAUACAUAAAACCCAACCCAUCACACCUCGCCCGAGAGCCCGCAUGCAGUUAUUCAGACAUGGCGAGUAAAAAGGCCUCCAAUAAGAGGCAGAGGGGAGCGCAGAAGUCGUCCUCCAACGUCUUCUCCAUGUUCGAGCAGUCUCAGAUCCAGGAGUUCAAGGAGGCAUUUGGCUGCAUUGACCAAGACAGAGACGGUGUUAUCAAAAAGCAGGACCUGAGGGAGACCUAUGCUCAGCUGGGAAAACUUAACGUGAAAGAUGAGGAGCUGGAGGAGAUGCUGAGCGAAGGCAAGGGUCCCAUCAACUUCACAGUUUUCUUGUCCCUUUUUGGAGAGAAAAUCAAUGGAACUGAUCCUGAGGACACCAUACUUGCUGCCUUCAAGCUUUUUGACCCCAACGGGACAGGCUUUGUUAAUAAGGAAGAAUUUCGGAGAUUACUGAUGAACCAGGCUGAUAGAUUCACUGGAGAGGAGGUGAAUCAGGCCCUGGCCCUCGCUCCCAUCGACCCAGCUGGAAACAUCGACUAUAAGUCGCUGUGCUACAUCAUCACACACGGAGAUGAGAAAGAAGAGUCCUAACAAGAGCUGUUUUUGGUGUGGUCACAUCAUAAGGGUCAAUUAAACAUGUGUUCGUUUCUUAUUGGCUACUUUUGUAAAAAUGGGAAUUUGUGAAGAACUGGUGCUUUUCUUUGAAAUGUACUAAGAAUAAAGUGUUGGACAUCUUCAAAA